GAGGCCACAGUAUCCAGAGAUUUGGACAAAUAUUAGUCUAAAUGUCACUGUGAAGAUAUUUUCUCGAUGAUGCUAACAUUUAACUCAGUUAACAUUUAAAGCAGAUUUCCUUUAUUUAUGUGGGUGGGCCUCAUGUGAGAAGUUGAAGGCCUUAAGAGACAAAGACCAGAGUUUCCAGAAGACACGAUUCCGUCAGCAGACUGCCUUUGGACUCAAGCUGCCGCAUCACCUUUGCUCUUGGUCUCCAGCCCGCCAGCCCGCCCUGCAGAUUUCGGACUUGACGGCUUCCAAAAUUAUGAGCUCUCAGAGAAUCUGUGAGGCCAGAAUCUUAAGCACCAUUCAUGAUACCCCCUGGGAGAAAUGAAGACCAGAAGAGGACCAACAACCAGAGGCGGACACAGUUUCCUGGGUACAAGUGAGAGGAGCUGGAGCUUGUGGUUCCAACUGGAAGUGAUAACAUGGAUUCGCGGUGCCUGCUUUGGUUUCUGUUCUCUGCCGUUCUCCUCGAGGUUCCUGGCUUGCCAACUCGAGAAAACUUUGUUAAAGAUGUAGAUGGUGGAAUCGAUCAAGAUAUAUUUGAUAUCAAUGAAGAUUUGGGACUGGACCUUUUUGAGGGAGACAUCAGACUUGAUGGGGUACAAGAAAGAAAUUCUAUCAUUGGAGAAGAAUACAGAUGGCCUCAUACUAUUCCGUAUGUUCUAGACAAUAGCUUGGAAAUGAAUGCAAAGGGAGUUAUCCUUAAUGCAUUUGAACGCUAUCGCCUAAAAACAUGCAUUGACUUCAAGCCUUGGGCUGGAGAAGCUAACUAUAUAUCAGUGUUCAAGGGCAGCGGGUGCUGGUCUUCAGUGGGAAACAGGCACAUGGGGAAGCAAGAACUCUCCAUUGGGGAGAACUGCGACAGAAUUGCCACGGUUCAGCAUGAGUUCCUCCACGCACUGGGAUUCUGGCAUGAGCAGUCUCGCUCUGACCGGGAUGACUACGUCAGCAUAAUGUGGGACAGAAUUCAGUCAGGCAGAGAGCACAAUUUUGACACCUACAAUGACCAAGUAUCAGACUCCUUGAAUGUUCCCUAUGAUUAUAGCUCGGUAAUGCACUACAGUAAGACUGCUUUCCAAAAUGGAACAGAGCCAACAAUCGUCACAAGAAUCUCCGACUUCAUGGAUGUGAUCGGCCAACGGAUGGAUUUCAGCGACUAUGAUCUCUUAAAGCUGAAUCGACUGUAUAACUGCACCACUUCCCUGAGCUUUAUGGACUCAUGCAAUUUUGAACUGGAAAAUGUGUGUGGUAUGAUUCAAAGUUCAGGUGACAAUGCUGACUGGCAAUGGGUGUCCGAGGUUCCCAGGGGGCCAGAGAGUGAUCACUCCAGCAUGGGCCAGUGCAAAGGUUCCGGUUUCUUCAUGCAUUUCAACAGUAGCUCUGUAAGCGUGGGGGGCACGGCCAUGCUGGAAAGCCGGACGUUAUACCCCAAACGAGGGUUUCAGUGCUUGCAGUUUUAUUUAUAUAGCAGUGGAAGUGAAAACGACCAACUGAACGUGUACACCAGGGAGUAUUCUGCAGACAACGUGGCCGGUACUUUAACGCUUGUGGAAGAAAUAAAAGAGAUACCCACUGGGAGCUGGCAACUCUACCACGUGACACUGAAAGUGACCAACAAGUUCAGAGUGGUGUUUGAAGGGGUCAGAGGCGCGGGUGCAUCCUUGGGUGGCCUGUCUAUUGAUGACAUCAAUCUUUCGGAAACACAGUGCCCUCAUCACAUCUGGCAUAUAAAGAAUUUCACGCAGUUUAUUGGCAGCUCAAGUGGAACUCUCUAUAGCCCUCCAUUUUAUUCUCCUAAAGGUUAUGCCUUUCAGAUUCACUUGCAUCUAAGCGAUUCGACUAAUGCAGGAAUAUAUUUCCACUUGAUCUCUGGAGCCAAUGAUGAUCAAUUACAAUGGCCGUGUCCUUGGCAACAAGCCACGAUGACACUCUUGGAUCAAAAUCCUGACAUUCGACAACGUAUGUCCAACCAGCGGAGUGUAACUACAGACCCAUUUAUGACCACUGAUAAUGGAAACUAUUUUUGGGACAGGCCUUCCAAAGUGGGAGAAGUGGCUUUUUUCCCGAAUGGAACUCAGUUUAGCAGAGGGAGAGGUUUUGGAACCAGUGCAUUUAUAACCCACAAGAGGCUGAAAAGCAGAGAUUUUAUAAAAGGAGAUGAUGUUUAUAUCCUACUGACAGUGGAAGACAUUUCCCACCUGAAUUCUACAGCAGUUGAGCCAAUCCCAACCUCUACCAUCAAUGACUUUUGCGUGAACUUCACAUGUGAGAACGACGGCAUCUGCGUUGUCCAGAACGGCAGAGUCGGGUGCAGGUGUCCAUCAGGGGAAGACUGGUGGUAUGUGGGGGAGAGAUGUGAGAGGAGAGGCUCCACCCAGGACACCAUUGUCAUCGCUGUGUCUUCCACCGCUGCUAUGUUUGUCCUGAUGCUGAUAGUCACCCUUGUCAGUGUCUAUUGCAUCAGGAAGAAAUACCGUAGUAAGACAAGUUCAAAUACGGCAGAUAUGACUCUGCAAAAUCAGCAUGCAUUUUGAAGAUUAACUCAACCAUAUGACCAGCAAACGAAAUUAAAAAGGAUUCUUCAUCAUGGAUUUCACCUCGAAUCUAUUCCAACUGCCUUGUUCGUCUAUAAAUGGAUCUUCUCUGUAAAUAGCUGGAUAUGCUAUAAAUCAUUAUUUUGGUGAAAG